UGCUUCUUCUUUUGAGACAUGGACACUGCUGGUAAAGGCAAACGUACCACAUCUAAAAAAGAUGCUGAGAAACUCCAAUGCGAUGCCAAGAACAGUAUGGAAUCUGGUGGGGCAGCCGGAGGUGGUAACGGCGGUCACCCCAAUCAAAACGUGAAUCCUGGUCAGGAGGGCUCUCAUCAAAGGCUUUCUAAGAAGCAGCUUUACACCUUGCUGAGCCUAUGGAUGGAGGUUUUCCCAAAUACAGAAACAUCUGACGAUCCUAAAAAAUCUGAUGAAAUAAAGAUAAAUACAGUUGGUCUUGUUGUAGUAGAAAAUUCUAAAAUAAUUGGCUUACAUCGUUCGAGUAAAAAUGUACAUGCGGGACAAGUAGCCAUUCUCAAACAUGCAUUAAGACUGCAAGGCUGCGAGCUGUAUUUCUCAAGAAAACCAUGUUCAACAUGCUUGAAAAUGAUUAUAAAUGCUGGAGUGAAAAGUGUCUUCUACUGGCCAGUAGAUCCAGAAGUAAGCUUAUGUGGUCAAAAUACAGUCAAGGCAGAAGAUGAUGCCAAUGCUGUGGAAAAGCUGACAUCAAACAGUCAUACUCGUGUCCAGAUAUUACUUCUACCUGUGUCUGAUGAAUUACAGAACUUUAUAAGUAACACCUCAAUGAGAAGUAUUUUCCGUAGGAAAGUUGGGGAGCAGAUUGAAGGAGAACAUAAUCUCAGGGAAAACUUUGAAAGGUUAUUUCUAAUUGCAGACGAACAGGAUCACAAAAGUAUCUUGGGGAAAAUUGGUUUGGAAACUAUUGUUUCAGAUCAUUGUUUCACUAUUCUGAAGAGUGCCAUGAAAAAGCUUAUUUAUUUACUGGCAGAUAUAAGUUCCAGUGUUCCAGAAUUGCCAAACUGGGGAUUUUAUCCCACUUCUUCAAAUAACGAAUCUUCUAGUACUCAUCAACGUGAUGUUGCAAGACACUGUAUGGUACAAGCAGAGCUACUAUCUUACAGGACAGAAGAUCCUAAAACCAAAGUUGGAGCAGUUAUUUGGGCCAAAGGAAAAUCUCAUUGUGCUGGCACAGGAAAUAUGUACUUGGUGGGUUGUAGUUACAAUGGCUUUGUCAUCGGGUCAGAGUUUGCAGAUUUUCCACGGACGGUGACUGCUAAACAACGAAGUGCAGUGAAUAAAUACAAAUAUAUCAUACACGCAGAACAGAACGCACUUUAUUUUCGCUCUCAGGAUAUAAAGGUAGAGGAUGAGCCAAUGCUGUUUACAACCAAGUGUCCCUGUAAUGACUGUGUAUUCUUAAUUCAAGCUGCUGGUAUUAAAGAGAUCUACACAGAUAACAGUGAUGCUGGUUCGGUUCAAGGGGAAAUCUCUUUUACGGAAUUUCCUAAACUUAAUGACAUAAAAAAAUAUACCUGGCAAAGGUAUGAUGGUUAACCUAAUAACAUUUAAUCUGGAACUGCUGAAGCUGCCCAACCGGCUAUAAGAAAUCAUGAUGAAGAACCUCGUUAGAAGAAAAUGCAUAACAAAUAAAAUGAAGCAUUUUAAAUUAUUUUCUUUUAUUCUAAUCAUAUUUUAGCCCUUUUAUAAUUAGGUUUGCAUGUUUCGAAUUUCAAAUGCCUUUAGCUUUGGAUAAUUUAAUCAAGUUAUUGAGAUGGAUGAGGUAAUAUGCUGAAUGUAUUGCAGUUUAUUAAGGUACACGGGUUUAUGUUAUGUCUGGGAAUUAGCCUGCAUGCAUUGCACAAAACAAUGGUUAACUCACCUUUUGUAACAUAUUUAUUAUUUUUGUUGAGAGUUGCUGUCAAGAUUCCACAAAUCACAUAGACGUCAUUUGAAUUCUUGAUGAUUGUUAUGAAUAGUGAGUUAAUCAGAAAGUCCCAUGCAACUUGUAUUACUGAUUUAAAUUUCUGAUGUGGUACUGGUUACUGCUGCUGAACAGAACACUACACCUUAUGAACCUCAAAAUGUCAGUGAAGAAAUGUUAUAAUAUAAAAUGAAGAACAGAUUAUAGAAAAUGUUAUACUUGCAUUAUGAAACAUUUUUAGAUUAUAGUUAUGCAAAUUGUAAACUUUUUCUAUAACUGAGAAAUGAAGCAAAGUUAAUGCCACUGAUAUACCUUUCCUGGAAUUUGUAUUUAAUACAUAACAUUAUGGCUGAUUAUCCCUUUAUAAAACAGUUUAAUUAUGCUAACUACUUCUGAGUUCUCAAAAACUGAAAUUAGUAUGAAGUACAAAAUACACAAGGAGAAGGGGAAAUGUUGUUCCUAUCUGAAUAGAUAUUAUCAUCUCCUGUAAUCAAAUAGCCAGAUUCAUACCUCUUAGAGUUACUUUCAGCAGGUUUCCUUUUGAAAUGAUCCACUCAUGAGUAGUCUUAUAAGUGCCUUAGAAAUAGGUGCAUAAGUAUAUACUAGGCUAGGUGCCCUUGUGGGCAAUUUUAUGUCUAGCCAAUUCACAUUUUGUGCUCGAAU